AUGGUUUCUAGGGGUGGAAAGGCGCAACAUUCCACUCCGGGAUCGACUGAUCGGCAUAAUAAUGAGGUAGCUCUACAAGAUAAGGCGCGAGAUGCCUCUGGGAGUCGAUUUGCUGCGCUACAACAGAUGAGUGAGGACCAAGAGGUGCGGGGUCCGGAUUUGCUGCAUUCUAUUCUUCAGUCGGUGCCACAUUCAGUUUUUGACGAGCCAACAAUUGAGGAUGGCUCUGAUCAGUGUGAGAAUCAGGGUGAUGUGGGGGAUCAGCUGGUCGAAGAUGUUGGGGAGGAUCAGGAUCAGUUGGAGACGCGAGGGAAUUCUGAUGAGGUAGUCCAGAAUAACAUAUCACAGAGGGUGGAUAGUGAUGAUAUUGCGUUGGAAAAUGCGAUGAAAGCCCAAAGACUUGAGCAAAUCUUGGCUAUUGCUAAAGCCCCGAUGCAAGUUAAUACUAGUAAGCGUCGGGGGCGUCCAACCAAACAAGAACAGGCAGUCCGAGCGGCAGGGAAAAUAUCUAAGCAGGCGGAGGAUUGUAUUAAGACGAGCUGGGGUUUUCGCGUUGCUGUUGUGCAUGGAGCAAACAAUCAUGUUGACCGUAGGUCUCUUUGGGGUGAUCUCUCGCGCUUCGCUUCGGGCCGCACGAUUUUUAUUGGAGAUUUCAAUGCCGUCAAGGGCGCCCAUGAACGCCUCAGUCUGGUCUCCCCGCAUAGGGGUUCCUGUCUUGAGUUUUGCAAUUUUAUUAAUGAUGUUCAAAUGAUCGAGUCUCCAACUGAUGGUAUAAGGUUUACUUGGUCUGGUAGGAGGUUUCUUCCGCGGCAUGUAGAAUCCAUCCUUGAUAGAGUCUUUUUUUCGCAGGAGUUUGCUUCGGAUCAUUCUCCGUUGGUGCUUCAAUGCCGACGUAACGUUCCUAUGGGCCGUGGGCAGUUCUGUUUUUUGAAUAUGUGGACCCUUCAUCCUAAUUUUAUAGACAUGGUGUCGGCCUCUUGGAUUACUUCUGUUGAUACUUUGUGUCCGAUUCUGCGAGUUAUGGUUAAGCUUAAGAGAUUGCGAGCUAAUAUUAGGGUGUGGAAUAAGGAGAUUUUUGGGAAUGUUGACGCUGCUAUUGCUCGUGGUCAAAGGGACCUGACUAUAAUUCAAAAUAGAGUUUCGGCAGAAGGUUAUUCGGAUGAUUUAUUUGAAGCUGAGAUUAGCUGCCAAGCUGAGCUUAAUAUAGCGCUUACCAGGAAAAAUAGUUUGUUACAACAAAAAAGUCGAGCGUCCUGGCUGAAAGAUGGAGAUAGAAACACUGCUUUCUUUCACAGAAUAGCUAAGUUUAAGAAGAGAAAAACGACGUUUAACAGACUUUGCAUUGAUGGAGUUGAUGUGUAUGAUUCGGGGGUGAUUGAAAGGCAUAUUAUUAAUCACUUCUCUUCGUUAUUCACAGAUGAUGGGAGUCCGCUGGAGGAGCAAUUGGUGAUUGAUGCUUACGUUGAUUCGAGUAUUUCUGAAGCUCAAAAUACUAUGCUUGUUCGAGAAUCGGAUGAAAGCGAGAUCGCGGCCGCGGUGUUUCGUAUGGAUGCUAAUAGCACUCCGGGUCCGGAUGGCUUUUCUGGAAUGUUCUUUCAGAAAUGUUGGAAUGUUAUCAAGAGUGAUGUGAUAAUGGGGGUUCAGACGUUUUUCCGCCGCUCUUAUCUGCCAGUUGGAUGUAAUGCUAGCAAUAUGGUUCUUAUUCCUAAGAAGGAAAAUGUGAAUACGGUUGCGGAUCUUAGGCCUAUUGUGCUCUCUAAUUUUUUCUUCAAGAUAAUCUCGAAAAUUUUGGCGCUCCGACUCAAUGCGGUCGCUGCCUCUCACGUUUCUGAUAACCAGUUUGGGCUCAGCGGUUAUUUCGCGUGUUCUCGAGGGGUGAGACAAGGGGACCCCUUAUCUCCUAUUUUAUUUGGGAUCGCUGAAGAUGUGUUAAGUCGAAUUCUAAGCAGCUGCGUGGAAUCUAGACGCUUGGUUCCCAUGGGGUUUAGUCGUGCUUCAGAUUUUCCGAUGCAUCUUUUCUAUGCGGAUGACAUCAUUAUCUUCUGCAAAGCUACUGUUCGUAAUGGCCAGAAAAUUCAGGAGAUUCUCAGCUAUUAUGGUUCUAUUUCGGGUCAGAAAUGCAGUCAAGAGAAGUCAAAUCUUUAUUUUGCUAGACGUGUUCCAACGGAUAGAAGGAGAGCUAUUCGUCGUGCGUUGGGUUUCUCUAUUGGAAAUGCAAAAACUUCGUGUGGACAGGGAGCACGGAUACGAGGCCUAAUUGUUCAGUCAGUUGGGGACGUGUUUGCUCGCCUAAAGAGGAAGGGGGCUCGGGGUUCGUUCCUUCACUUUGAUGAAUCAAUCGUACUUAAUGAAGCUGGCAUGGAGAAUGAUAAAAGGUCAGGAAUGGGCGCAUCAGAUUCUUCGGUCCAGGAAGUGGACCAGCUGGUGGAUAAUACGUACUCUUGCAUUGAGCGUGGUGAUAGCACCUAUUUUUGGAAAUAUGAUUGGCUUAGGUAUAAAUUGGUGGAUAAAAUUCGGAUCCCGCACUACAUGCAUGAUUUUCUGAAUUUUUCGGUUCAAGACUAUUUCUAUGAUGGAGUUUGGCAUUUCUCUACUACUUUUGUCAAUCGGUUCCCGGAGGUUGUCGCUGAUAUACUCUUACUACCUAUGACGGGGGAUUUUGAUCGUAGAUACUGGAAACAUUCUGUUAAAGGGGAGGUCUCGGUGGCUCUGGCUUUCUCGAGUAUAGGCCAUCGUUUCCCUCAGGUGACUUGGGGUAAGUGGAUUUGGGAGCCGUUUAUCCCGAUUCGACGAUCCAUUUUGUGCUGGAGAAUCAUUCAUGGGCGCCUCCCUACUUUGGAUGCUUUGAUUCGGCAAGGUAUGAUUGCUCCAAAUGGGUGUCCCAUAUGCUUUAGAGAUAAGGAAACUAUUAAUCAUGUUAUGUGGCAAUGUGCGAAGGUGCGCCUCAUCUGGAAAGAGUACCUCUCUUGGUUUGACAAAGAUGUCAUUUUGGGCUCUCUUGACAUUCAUUCUUUUCUUGUGGAGGCUUGGAACUCGUCUUUCAGCCCGUAA